UUUUUCUCCGAAAUAAAAACAUAAACAUUCUCUCGUCGUUAUUCAUUACUCUUCAUCUUCCUCACCCCUCACUUUUCUCAGAUCCUUUUAAUUUUAAUUUUAAUUUCUAGGGUUUAAAUCGAUGCUCUAGAUCUCUCUCCCCGUAGCUGCCACUGCUCAGUUUGACUUUUCCGUUUCCAAUCGACGGUUCAGAUUCCACCACAGAUCUGGUUACUUCCACUUUUUGAGCCGUCGAUCCUUCCAAAUCUCUCACCAUGGCGGCCGCCAACGCUCCGAUCACCAUGAAAGAAGUUUUAACUUUGCCUAGCAUUGGGAUCAAUCCACAGUUUAUAACUUUUACCAAUGUGACAAUGGAGUCUGAUAAGUAUAUAUGUGUGAGAGAAACGGCGCCGCAGAAUAGUGUUGUCAUUUGUGACAUGAAUAUGCCAAUGCAGCCGUUGAGACGACCUAUUACUGCUGAUUCCGCUCUCAUGAAUCCUAAUUCUAGAAUCCUUGCUUUGAAAGCUCAACUACCCGGAACCACUCAGGAUCACCUACAGAUAUUUAACAUUGAAAUGAAAGCAAAAAUGAAAUCCCACCAGAUGCCUGAGCAGGUUGUCUUUUGGAAGUGGAUAAGCCCAAAAAUGUUGGGCCUUGUCACCCAGACAUCCGUAUAUCACUGGUCAAUUGAAGGGGAUUCUGAACCUGUAAAGAUGUUUGAGAGAACAGCUAAUUUGGUGAACAAUCAGAUAAUUAACUAUAGAUGUGACCCUUCUGAGAAGUGGUUAGUUUUGAUUGGAAUAGCUCCUGGUUCACCUGAGAGGCAACAAUUAGUAAAAGGGAACAUGCAACUUUUCUCUGUCGAUCAGCAGCGCAGUCAAGCCCUUGAAGCUCAUGCUGCAGCUUUUGCUCAAUUCAAGGUUCCAGGAAAUGAGAACCCUUCGAUUCUUAUUUCGUUUGCCACUAAAAGUUUUAACGCUGGGCAAAUCACAUCGAAGUUGCAUGUCAUUGAGCUUGGUGCCCAGCCAGGGAAGCCAUCUUUUACCAAGAAACAGGCUGAUCUUUUCUUUCCACCAGACUUUGCUGAUGAUUUUCCUGUUGCGAUGCAGAUAUCCCACAAGUACAGUUUGAUUUAUGUGAUCACCAAGCUUGGGCUGCUAUUUGUCUAUGAUUUGGAGACUGCUACUGCUGUUUACAGAAACAGAAUUAGUCCUGAUCCUAUAUUUUUGACGUCCGAAUCCUCAUCUACUGGGGGCUUCUACUCUAUUAAUAGGAGGGGCCAGGUUUUACUGGCCACUGUGAAUGAAGCAACAAUUGUGCCGUUUGUUAGUGGUCAAUUGAAUAAUUUGGAGCUUGCUGUUAAUCUGGCCAAAAGAGGAAACCUUCCUGGUGCAGAGAAUCUGGUUGUCCAGCGUUUCCAAGAGCUGUUUGCUCAAACAAAGUAUAAAGAGGCUGCUGAACUUGCUGCCGAGUCUCCACAAGGAAUUCUCCGGACGCCUGACACUGUUGCUAAAUUUCAGAGUGUUCCUGUGCAAACUGGGCAAACACCCCCUUUGCUGCAAUACUUUGGAACACUUUUAACUAGAGGAAAGCUGAAUGCAUUUGAGUCAUUGGAAUUAUCACGUCUUGUCGUCAAUCAGAACAAAAAGAAUCUUUUGGAGAAUUGGCUGGCAGAGGACAAGUUGGAGUGCAGUGAGGAACUUGGUGACCUUGUGAAGACUGUGGAUAAUGACCUUGCGCUUAAAAUAUUUAUCAAAGCUAGAGCUACACCUAAAGUUGUUGCUGCUUUUGCUGAGAGGAGGGAGUUUGACAAGAUUUUGAUUUAUUCCAAGCAGGUUGGGUACACUCCUGACUACUUGUUCCUUCUGCAAACAAUUCUUCGUUCAGAUCCUCAGGGAGCAGUGAACUUUGCCUUGAUGAUGUCCCAAAUGGAAGGAGGUUGUCCUCUUGAUUACAAUACCAUCACUGAUCUUUUUCUUCAGAGAAAUUUGAUUCGUGAGGCAACAGCUUUUCUGUUAGAUGUUUUGAAGCCAAAUCUACCUGAGCAUGGUUUCUUGCAAACAAAGGUUCUUGAAAUCAAUUUGGUAACAUUUCCUAAUGUAGCUGAUGCUAUUCUAGCCAAUGGAAUGUUCAGUCACUAUGACCGUCCUCGUAUUGCUCAACUGUGUGAAAAAGCUGGUCUAUAUAUCAGAGCUCUGCAACAUUACUCAGAGCUGCCUGAUAUUAAACGUGUGAUUGUCAAUACACAUGCAAUAGAGCCACAGGCGCUCGUAGAGUUUUUUGGUACUCUUUCACGAGAAUGGGCUUUGGAGUGCAUGAAAGAUCUUUUGCUGGUCAACCUUAGGGGAAAUCUUCAAAUAAUUGUUCAGGCUGCCAAGGAAUAUUGCGAGCAGCUGGGUGUUGAUUCCUGCAUAAAAUUGUUUGAACAAUUCAAGUCUUAUGAAGGACUGUACUUUUUCCUAGGAUCAUAUUUGAGCUCCAGUGAGGAUCCUGAAAUACACUUCAAGUACAUAGAGGCAGCUGCUAAAACUGGACAAAUAAAGGAGGUUGAGCGCGUUACUAGAGAAUCAAACUUUUAUGAUGCUGAAAAGACUAAAAACUUCCUGAUGGAGGCCAAACUUCCAGAUGCAAGGCCUCUGAUUAAUGUUUGCGAUCGUUAUGGUUUUGUGGCUGACCUUACACACUACCUUUAUUCAAGCAACAUGCUUCGGUAUAUUGAAGGUUAUGUCCAAAAGGUGAACCCGAGUAAUGCACCUUUAGUUGUUGGCCAACUGCUUGAUGAUGAGUGCCCUGAAGACUUCAUCAAGGGCUUGAUUCUUUCUGUCCGUUCAUUACUUCCUGUUGAGCCCCUUGUGGAGGAGUGUGAGAAGAGAAAUCGACUUCGAUUGCUCACUCAAUUCUUGGAGCAUCUUGUGAGCGAGGGAAGCCAAGAUGUCCAUGUGCAUAAUGCUCUUGGUAAAAUUAUUAUUGAUAGCAAUAACAAUCCAGAGCACUUCUUGACAACCAACCCAUAUUAUGAUUCUCGGGUUGUGGGCAAGUAUUGUGAGAAACGUGAUCCUACACUGGCUGUUGUGGCUUACCGGAGAGGACAGUGUGAUGAUGAACUCAUCAAUGUGACAAAUAAGAACUCAUUGUUCAAAUUACAAGCCAGAUAUGUGGUCGAGAGGAUGGACGGUGAUAUGUGGGAGAAGGUUCUUAAUCCCGAGAAUGAAUAUAGAAGACAGCUCAUUGAUCAAGUUGUGUCUACUGCUUUGCCUGAAAGCAAGAGUCCAGAGCAAGUUUCAGCAGCUGUUAAGGCUUUCAUGACUGCCGAUCUGCCCCAUGAGCUAAUUGAGCUUCUUGAGAAGAUUGUGCUUCAAAACUCUGCUUUUAGUGGAAAUUUCAAUCUGCAGAAUCUUCUUAUUUUGACUGCUAUUAAGGCGGAUCCAUCUAGAGUUAUGGAUUAUAUCAACAGAUUGGAUAAUUUUGAUGGACCUUCUGUUGGGGAAGUGGCUGUAGAGGCCCAGCUAUUUGAGGAAGCAUUUGCAAUCUUCAAGAAGUUCAACUUAAAUGUGCAAGCCGUAAAUGUUUUAUUGGAUAAUAUAAGAAGCAUUGACCGUGCAGUGGAGUUUGCAUUCCGUGUUGAAGAAGAUGCAGUUUGGAGUCAAGUGGCAAAGGCUCAGCUCAGAGAGGGGCUUGUGAGUGAUGCUAUUGAGUCAUUUAUUCGUGCCGAUGAUGCCACUCAGUUCUUGGAGGUAAUUCGUGCUUCUGAGGAUGCAAAUGUGUAUCAUGACUUGGUAAGGUACCUACUGAUGGUUAGGCAGAAGGCAAAAGAGCCCAAGGUCGACAGUGAGCUUAUUUUUGCAUACGCAAAGAUUGACCGUCUGAGUGAAAUCGAGGAAUUUAUUCUCAUGCCAAAUGUGGCAAAUCUCCAAAAUGUUGGUGAUCGUUUAUUUGACGAAGCUCUAUACGAGGCUGCAAAGAUUAUAUUUGCAUUUAUAUCAAACUGGGCCAAGUUGGCUGUCACUCUUGUAAGGCUGAAACAGUUCCAAGGUGCUGUUGAUGCGGCACGUAAAGCAAACAGUGCAAAAACAUGGAAGGAAGUUUGUUUUGCUUGUGUUGAUGAAGAGGAGUUCCGUUUGGCGCAGAUAUGUGGUCUCAACAUCAUUGUUCAGGUGGAUGACUUGGAAGAGGUCAGUGAAUUUUACCAGAACAGAGGACAUUUCAAUGAAUUGAUUUCGCUCAUGGAGAGUGGCUUGGGGUUAGAACGCGCUCAUAUGGGAAUAUUCACAGAGUUGGGAGUUCUGUAUGCUAGAUAUCGUCCUGAAAAGCUUAUGGAGCACAUUAAAUUGUUCUCAACCCGUCUUAAUAUUCCUAAGCUCAUACGUGCUUGUGAUGAACAACAACAUUGGAAGGAGCUUACCUAUUUGUACAUCCAGUACGAUGAAUUCGAUAAUGCUGCAACUACGAUAAUGAACCAUUCUCCUGAGGCGUGGGAUCACAUGCAAUUCAAAGAUGUUGCAGUAAAGGUUGCUAAUGUGGAAUUAUACUACAAGGCUGUCCAUUUCUACUUGCAAGAGCACCCGGAUCUUAUCAACGAUCUUCUCAACGUGUUGGCACUUCGUGUGGACCAUACCCGAGUUGUAGACAUCAUGCGCAAGGCUGGUCACCUCCUUCUUGUGAAGCCAUAUAUGGUUGCUGUCCAGAGCAAUAACGUGUCAGCUGUGAAUGAGGCUCUGAAUCAAAUUUAUGUAGAGGAGGAAGACUAUGAUAGAUUGCGUGAAUCUACUGAUUUGCAUGACAACUUUGAUCAAAUUGGCCUUGCUCAGAAGAUUGAGAAACAUGAGCUUCUUGAAAUGAGACGUGUUGCUGCAUACAUUUACAAGAAGGCAGGAAGAUGGAAGCAGUCAAUUGCAUUGUCAAAGAAAGACAACCUUUAUAAAGAUGCAAUGGAGACAGCAUCACAAUCUGGUGAUCGCGAACUGGCAGAGGAGUUGCUCAUCUAUUUCAUAGAACAGGGGAAGAAGGAAUGCUUUGCUUCUUGUCUCUUUGUAUGUUACGAUUUGAUUCGAGCAGAUUUCGCCCUUGAACACGCCUGGAUGAACAAUAUGAUUGACUUUGCCUUCCCAUAUCUGCUACAGUUCAUCCGUGAAUACACCGGCAAAGUCGAUGAACUUGUGAAAGACAAAAUUGAGGCUCAGAAAGAGGUCAAGGCUAAAGAGCUGGAAGAGAAGGAAGUAAUUGCUCAACAGAACAUGUAUGCUCAGUUGCUUCCUCUAGCUUUGCCUGCACCACCUAUGCCAGGCAUGGGUGGACAAAUGGGAGGAGGUUAUGGACCGCCACCACCUAUGGGUGGAAUGGGAAUGCCUCCAAUGCCACCUUUUGGGAUGCCGCCAAUGGGCAGUUAUUGAUAUGCAGAUUGAACUAUUUUUGUAGAGUUUAGCGGUGAAUCUGAGUUGUGCCCAUACAUGAAAAGCAAGCUAGUUCCGUACGGUGGUGUUUACUGACCGGCUUUGGCGCCUUUAUUCCGUUUUUUUGGGUGUUUGUUCUUGUGGAAUGAAGGUAUAGUUGGAAUAAUACCAGUUAUUACUUUUUUUUUGUUUUAUGAUUAUUAGUGUGUGGAUAUGUGUUGUAAUAUUCUUUCGGUAGGAAGCAAUUUUUUAUUGGCUGCUGUUAGAGAGCAAGCUGAGGAUUUCUCUGUAUUUGUAUUUUUCUUCUUGCUGUUCUAGGAACUUUGCCAAGUAUAGUACGAAAUGUUUCAUACCCUACUUGAUCUAUUAUGCUUUUUGAACUUCAA